UGUGUCUCGGAAGUCUGCGCCUGUCUACGAAAUAUCUGCAAGCAGACAGAAUUCGAGGAUCUAAUGGACUUCCAAGAUAAAGAUUCGUCCAUGGCGGUUUCCAGAACCUCGAAUUCGUAUAUCAAUGGCCCUUCCUUAAGCCAUUCUGCUUGGUUGGAGGUUCGCCUCUUCUACGUUCGGAUUUCUCCCUGUGUGAUUGAUAGCGUUCCUGAUCAUCUUAAUCUGCGGCACCUUCGUCGCGAAAUUGGUGUUUCCCUUGAAAUUAAUGGUUCUCAAAUUCCGGCCUCUGAUUCCGUUUCUAUCGCCCUCCGUCGUGAUCGGCUCAGCAAGGAAACAUCGGAGGUUACGUACGUUAGCACGGACAGUAUUCGGGUUACCGGCGGUGUGGAGUUCGAGGUGUAUGAGAAUGAGGAUUUGAUUCUCUGUGGGUCUUUGGAACGAAUGGAGGCCAAUUGGGUUAAUGGGAGCAUUGGAUUGGAGAACAAUUCGAAGACAGGUUGGACUAUGGACUGUUUUAUGGCUGCGUCCAUGUGUUCGGGUUCGUCGGCCUUCUUCCGGCCUAAACUUGGGGUUUCUUCGCCGGCAAUCGAGGUUUAUAUCGCCGGUUGUUGCUCCGGUAUGCCUGUGAUCUUGACGAAGACGAUUCUGGUCAGUCCGAGGCGGAAGAACCAGAGGCAGGGUGUCCUGGAUGCAAUUCCGGAGGAUGAAGAAGUUGGGAAGGAGGAGAAUGGAACUAAUGGAUUGAUCCAGCACCAAAAAGUGCAGAUGUCAGAGUCUGAAGUUGAUGGUUAUGACUCAUAUGGUAAAAUGGGGCAUGGUUUCUACCGUGAUGAUAUGUACACUGGCGAAGAUGGGCAGCUCUCAUGGUUUAAUGCUGGUGUUAGAGUGGGUGUUGGCAUUGGUCUUGGAGUGUGCCUUGGAGUGGGAAUUGGGGUUGGCUUGCUCAUGCGUUCAUACCAAACCACAACGAGACAUUUUAGACGACGGUUUAUGUAAUUAGGAUAUCGUUACUCGGGAAUCUGGAAACUGUUAUACUAGUGAAUAUACAAUAAAAGGGAUGAGAUUUUCAGGUUCCCGAUGGUUAAGCCUGAACAUAACGUAAGAUAACGCAGGCAAGAAGGCGCUAAGUUUUAGGACUUUGAACAGAAUCAAGAAAUCAGUGAUAGCCUCUCCAGGAUGUUGUGCAUUAACUUCUUCUCCGGGCUGAAUGAAAGCUGUACAAUCUCUCCUUUUUGUUCUAUUCUCUGUAUGAAGCACUUCCUCUCUGGCAGCGGAGACCUUCUUGUUCAUUUUCAUGGCUGCUUAAUAUUCUAUGUAUAUGUUUCUUUACAUAAAAUGCAGGUUUGUUUCGGUGCUUAUCCUCGACCACUGUAGCGUUUUUUCGAAGGGCAGCGUUGAACACAACCCUGCUGAAAAAAUGGAUUUCCUAGAACAGAAUAAACUUGUGUGAGGUUUGACUUCGUCUUAAGAGUAUCUACUUUUCUGUACUGGUGCUGAUGUAUAUAGAAUACUGCCUUUUUUUUUUCUCUUCUCCUUUUACAUUGUCAUUUUUUCCCUAUGUUCUAUUUUGUUUUAAUUUAGUUUCGGUACUUUCGUUAUCACAUUGGUUCGGUUUCUAACGUCGAUUAUCCAGUUAAAUAGUAUUGUAAAGCUGACAUGGUAGUACAGGUGGGGUGAUGAUGCAUCAAAGUCCCCACAGAAUCUUGUCAGCUUUCAAUUACUAUUGAACUCGAUAAUUUGAUCUGGAAACGAAACGAACAUUUUUACGAAAGUACAAGAACUAAUACGAAACAAAGGAAAAGAGAGGACGAAAAUGUAUAAUGAUAAAGUACUAGAGUUAGAGUUUGAGUUGUUCUGUCCAAAAUUUAUCUCACGUUUCAUGUAGCAACUUUCCCUGGAUGAGUUCUGUGAAUGUGAUAUGCAAUUACAGCCUCUUGAGCUCAUUUCAUCA